UUCUCUCUCUCCCACACAGCCAUGUAGAUAAAAUCACCACAUGGCAGGACCCCCGUAAGACCAUGACGGCUGCCAUGCACCAGAUGAGCCUCCAUGGUCAGACACCUGCAAACCCCAACCCUGGAGUGGCCCAGCAACGCUCCAUGGCCCUAUCGCAGCCCAACCUCGUGAUGUCCCACCAUCACCAGCAGCACCAGCAUCAACAUCAGCACCAGCACCAGCAGCAACACCAGCACCAGCACCAGCAAGCUCAAGCCCAAGCCCAAGCCCAAGCCCAGACUUUGGCCUCCAGCAGCCCAGUUUCCCCACAGAGCAUCCAGCAGCAGAAUGCCCAGGUUGGGCUCAUCAAUCUCCCUAACCCUCUGACCACCCAGCAGCAGCACCAGCAGAAGAUGAGGCUGCAGCGGAUCCAGUUGGAGCGCAAGCGUAUACGGAUGAGACAGGAAGAGCUCAUGAGACAGGAGGUGGCGCUGUGCAGGCAAAUCCCCAUGGAGUCAGACAACAUGGCCCAGACAGCAGCCACCAUCAACACAGCACCUAUCAACCAGGCCGCCGUGCACAACAAUGGCUCUGACCCAUUCCUUAACAGUGGGCCCUAUCACUCCCGGGAGCAGAGCACGGACAGCGGACUAGGCCUCGGCUGUUAUAGCGUGCCCACCACCCCAGAGGACUUCCUCAACAACUUGGAGGAAAUGGACACAGGAGAGACCCUGGCCCAAGGCAACAUGGCGGUGCCACAGCAGACCCGAUUCCCCGACUUCCUGGACUCACUGCCCGGCACAAACGUGGACCUGGGCACGCUGGAGGGGGCCGAUCUCAUCCCCAUCCUCAACGAUGUGGAGUCGGUGCUGAACAAGAAUGAGCCCUUCUUGACUUGGCUGUAGGGGUGUGGGUAGCGGGGGGCAGGGGGACUGGAGCAGGGAGUCGGGCAGCAAAAAAACUAUAUAUAUAUAUAUAUAUAUAUAUAUAUAUAUAUAUAUAUACACACUUCCCAUUUGGCUUUCUUUAUUCUUAAUUUAGCCAUCGCUUGUUCUUGUCAGGAUGCCUCAUUGUCACAGACAAACCCUUUUGUGUUUGAAAGGAACAACUAACCUUUCUCAGUCGGGCCCUUGGGGACUGCCAGAUGUUCCACGUUUUUGCUCCCACCCGGCUCUGUACCAGACAGUCCACAUUUUUUUGGGAGGCAGCAAAGACGUGCACUGUCUGGGUUUUUCGAGGACCGGAUUGACUAACCAAAGGUAACAAAACCAGCCAAAAAAUAAAUUAUGUAUGUAAAGAUGAAAACGCAGUGAAUCAGAGCGAAUGCUGGUAGCACAAAGCUUUUUGCACUCGCAGGAGAGCGCUUCUCGUCUGCUUUAGCAUCAGCACUCCGCUUUUCUGAGGGAUAUGACCAGUCUGGGCAGCUGUGGUUCUGUCCGUGCGCCGGGCAGCCGCAGAAUGGAGGUGUGGAUUUCUGUUGGCCACUAGGUGGAGCCAGCGCUUCUGUCAGCAGCAUCGAUCAGAAUGAGUGAGGGUUUGCUGCUGGCGUCGGAGCCGUUGGCCUUUAAGGGGGCAGCUGUGUGCCUCACGCGUUUUACGAGGGCUGACGCUCGCUGUGGACUCUAACCCACAACCUCCUGGAGCUUCAGCCGCGAACCUUUCAGCAGCUUCCAAAUUUUUCAGCAAAAGUAACUUUAGUGGCAUCUUCUUCACAGUUAUGCCAAAUAAUUAUGAUCUUUUUGUGCACAGAUUCAAAAAUGAACGCCUUCGGAGUCAACUGUAAGCUUUCAGUUGACGUUUACAGUUUUUGCAAGUAUUUUAAUAGUUUUAUCGGUUUAUAAACACACACAAAUACCUGACUGUUUCAGCGCUACAGUUCUUGCCUCCAUUAUGCAGGAUAACAAACAUUUAUCUUGUGUUGUGUUUUAUGUAACACUACAGUAUUCAUUUUUAUAUACUGUACAAUUGUUCCAAUUGAUUCAAUCUGAUUAGUAGCCUUUUUUAAUUUUAAUAUGCAUUUAAGUAUUUAUCAAGCUAUGAUUGUUUUUUUUUCUAACAUAGAAUUUUAAUACAUUUGAAUUUCAAAGCACUACAAACCAGCAAUGUUUUGAAAUAUUUUUUAUUCCAAUAUUCAUGUUGAGCUCGUGGUAGUGAUUUAAAAAUGGAAAUGCUCCCUAAUUCACUUUUUUCCAAACAUGUAUCGUGUGUUUUUUAUAAUGGCAAAUCACACCUCAACCUUUUGUUGUCUGUUUGGGAAAUAGCACCCAAAAGCGGGCACCUCUGAUAAAUCUUUCUUGCAGGGAAUAUGGAAAAAAAAAAUGUAUUUUGUAUCAGUUUUGAAAAUAUGCAUAAAUGUAAAAGUAGUCUUUUGGAGUUUCAAGAUGGAAAGUUCCUAACUUGUGGGUUCAGAGUUGGUCGGAGUCGGUCGUGUAAUUCUGUUGGUUUUUAUGGCAUGAUAACUACGUACUUGCUAGUUACAGGGGCCUGUUUCACAAAGCAGGAUUACUUGCUUAGCCAGAUAACUUGCCAGAUUUAAGGUAGUCUGGGUUAAAUGUAAAUUGAUGAAAAUAUGGUCUAUUUAGCCCAGACUACCUUAAAUCUGGCAAGUUAUCUGGCUAAGCAAGAAAUCCUGCUUUGUGAAACAAAAGGCCCCAGGUCUAGUCCAUUUGUUUAUCAAGACCAUACUGCGUUAGUUUUCUUUAGAAUGGAAGGAGUAAGAAGGCAGUCUUGUGAAAGGAAUGAACGGUAGAUAUAAAGAGGAGCGAUUGUAUGUAUGUAUGUAGGUUAUGUGUAUCUUUGGUUAUUGGUUGACUUAAUGCUCAUGAUGUCCUAACGGCACACUAAACGGGAGCUGAAUUAGGUUGAAGAACGAUGUAGAGGACCCACUGUAAGGCUAUGUUCUGCCCAAAACAAAAAUAAAUGCCAACCUUAGCAGCUCUGAUCCCAGGUCAGCGCUAGGCUUGCCCUGAAAGGGCUAGGGGCAAAAGGUGCGGCCGUCGAUCUGAUCCCAGAUCAGUGACCUUGGGAAAUGAAGGGAGGCAAUGUGCAUCUAAGGUGCAAGAGAGGGUUUGCCUAAAUGCCAUUCCCAUCGCCAGCAUUUAUUACUCUACUAAUGAACUGUUGAGAAGCAAUUAAAACAGAGUGAAGGGACCUUAGCAGCAAAUGAAAUGCAGUGAGGUGUGAAAUAUAAAUUUCUUUGGGACUGAAACAUUUCUGAAAAUGAGCGAUUUGUAAAUGUUUCCAAAACAAAGUACUCAUAAAUUAAGAAGGCACUUUGGAGAUGUAAGGUGAGCAUCUAGUGGGAAGCGACUUGGUUUGGAUGUGACUGUAGAGUAAGCUGAAUGGGCUUUGGGGUUUCUCUGCAUGGAAAGAGUACAGUGCCAAGGAUCGGCUUUGGGUAUGUGAAUGUUGACGGUAUGCUGGUGAUUCACACGUUAACAGGGACUGGAAAUCUGGAAGCAAAGUGAAGUUCACUUAAAAGAAUGUAACCUCACAGAGUCCUAAAUGGAUUUUUUAAGCUCAUGUAACUUCUGUUAAACCUUAAUAAAACUCUUUCAGUGCCA